AAAGAAAAGAAAAGAAAACCAGAGGCAGCCUCCCUUCCGUCUUGUCCUUCUCCACUCUCUGACUGUCUUCUACAUCCUUUACACUACGUCGUUUUGAAGCUCCCAACGCAUCAGCAUACCAAAGAGUGCGUCCCUCUGCGAAGAAUUAAAUUCGGGCGUCCACCCCCGUUUCUGCAAUGUCAAGCUUUCACCAUUUCUCGUUUCUGGAAUUUCCUCGACUUCCCUUCCACCAGGUGAAGCUGAUUGUAAAGUAGAUUGUUGAGCGUGUGCGAUGAGUGGAGUUGAGGGAAGAUUGAGGAUGAACAAGUACCAGCGGGAAGUGAGUCCGGAUAGGGCCAAAGUGUGGAGGGAGAAGUCGCCCAAGUACCAUCAGAUUCGGAAAGUCCCUGUGCUUUACUAUCUCUGCCGGAACCGCCUGCUCGAGCACCCCCAUUUCAUGGAGGUCCCCCUAUCGUCCUCCGACGGUCUCUCCUUGAGAGAUGUGAUUGACAGGCUUAAUGUUCUGAGAGGCAGAGGGAUGGCUUCCAUGUAUUCUUGGUCUUGUAAGAGAAGCUACAAGAAUGGAUUUGUGUGGCAUGACCUUUGUGAAGAUGAUCUCAUUCUUCCAACUCAUGGAAACGAGUACGUUCUCAAAGGUUCCGAGCUCUUCGAAGAAUCUGACUCAGGAAACCUGCAAUCUGGAGUAUUUUCCUUUACAGGUCGAUUCAGUCCCAUUGGAAAUAUUAAAAUGCAGAGCUUGAAACAGUUGCCAGAGCCUGCAUCUUCUAGAAGCCACGAUGACUCUUCCUCUUCUUCCAGCAUGAAUGGAAAAGAGACAAAACAUUCCCAAGAAGACGAGCUCUCUCCUCCGGUUCAACGACCCAGUUCCUCCAGUGUUUCUCCGGAGUCUAGAGUUGGAAAAAAUUCUUCGUGGGGUGGUUCUCUGAGCUUGACAGAGUACAAGGUUUACAAGAGUGAUGGCUUAGCUGAUGCUUCAACGCAAACUGAGGAAAAUGGCAGACCUAAGGCCCGAGAAACUUGUACAAGAGGUGUUUCGACUGAUGAUGGAUCGUUAGAACCUGAAUGUAGUGAGAUUUAUCAAAGUCAGGUUACACGUGCGAAAGAGAAUUUUGAGAUCUCUAGGGAUGCCAGUUCACCUCCUCCAUCUAGCUCUAGUGCAUCUUCAUCGGGUGGGAAGACGGAGACUUUGGAAUCCUUGAUUAGAGCUGAUGCCAGUAAAAUUAACAGUUUUAGGAUUCUUGAAGAGGGAGAAAUUCGGAUGCCCACCAACGCAAGGCUAAAGACCACAAAUGUGUUGAUGCAAUUGAUCUCAUGCGGGUCGAUAUCGGUGAAAGACCACAGUUUUGGCCUUGUUCCUUCCUACAAACCCAGGUUUUCCCAUUCAAAAUUUCCCUCCCCAUUGUACUCUACUUCAUUAAUGUUGGGGGAGCUUGAUUGCUUGACGGAGAAUCCAAUGCUGAUGGGCCUGAGGUUGGAAAACAAAGAAUAUUUUAGUGGGAGCUUGAUUGAGACUAAAAUGCUCAAGGAAGAAGGAGAUGGAGCUAAUGCUCUGAAACGGUCUUCUUCCUGCAAUGCUGCCAGGACAUUUAAGCAAUUCGAUUCAACGGAAGACAAAGAGGAGUCAAACUCUGGACAUUCAAAAUGUAUCCCACGAUCAAUUAAGAGUUCAUUGAGCAAGCCGGCACGGUGUGAAUCUAUGAGAUCUCCUGUUUCAGACAAACCAAGAAACUCUUCAGAUGGAGUGGACAGCUCACAUACCGCAACUCCCUGUGUAUCAAAUGGUGGCAGUAAGAGAAUCACAGAGCCUUCCUCGGGAAAAAUGCAAUCAAAGAGAUUAGAUUCCUUCAGAGAAGAGAAGGAGAAGGUGAUCAAAAUUGAAGAAAGGCUUGCUUCAGGAGCUCGGGUUAUAAUAGAAUCCAAAGCACAUUGUGACACCGCCGUCUGCAGUUCUUAAGAAACGGGUUCAAUUUUCAUUCCAUUUGAGAAAGGUAACUUAAUUUGGAAUUUCAAAUUAUGGAAGACAUGUCGGGUCCAGGGAAUGAUUCUGUACAUCUGGAAAGUAAAAAAUGAGGAGGGAAUAACUCAUUUGCUGAGGGAGCUGGUAGGGCAGGUGUGGUCCUAGUGGACCAUUUCUUCAGAUUUUAUGGGCUUUCUUAAAUGGGAUAGAACCUUUUCUUGUAACUACAGUUGCAGUAUCCACUUCUUGCUGUCCUGCUUUGUCUUUUCAGAACACUUUCUUAAAUGGCGUGCUGAUGUUCCCAAGGAUCCGUUUGAAAUUUGAAUUGUUUUUUUCUUCUA